AUGCGAUGUCCUUCCUUUGCAGCAUUUUGUGUAUGAAAAUCUCGUGUGAUAAAUAAUAACCCCAUUCUACGAAGAUGCCGAUGGAUGAUCAUUAUCAACUCAUAAUAGGUGACGCACGGGCCAUUCGAAAAUGUGUCGAUAUCACAACUUCGUAACUCUUAACUUCAAAUGCUUCCACGAGACCACGACACCUUAAGCUUCCAUCAAAUCUCCUCAGGUCCACCACUUCACCCUCCUUUCGCUCCCAAUCUCUCCAAGAUGGCACCAGCUGCUCCCCGCGCGGCUGGCGUCGCCGUCCGCACCGCCCUCCAAUCCCCCCGAUCUCGCGCCCUCCCCUCCCUCCCCCGAUCCCUUCCCGCCUCCCUCGCUCUCGCCCGAUCCUUCACCCAACUCACCAACCAAAAUGCUCCCGCCAACUCCUCGAUCUUUGGGCUGCCCAGUGGCCCCGGCGGAAGCAGCGGUGGCGGCGCCCCGCCGGCGUCGUAUUUCCAGAAACCGACGCUGCCGGCGAACACGAUCGUGCGGUUCGUGCCGCAGCAGACAGCGUGGAUCGUGGAGCGGAUGGGGAAGUUCAACAAGAUCUUGGAGCCCGGGUUGGCGAUCUUGGUGCCGUUUUUGGAUCGGAUCGCGUACGUCAAGAGCUUGAAGGAGGCGGCGAUUGAGAUCCCGAGUCAGAGUGCGAUCACGGCGGACAACGUGACAUUGGAGUUGGAUGGGGUGUUGUAUACGCGGGUGUUCGACGCAUACAAAGCAAGUUACGGAGUCGAAGACGCCGAAUACGCCAUCUCCCAGCUCGCGCAAACCACCAUGCGCAGCGAAAUCGGCCAACUCACCCUCGACCACGUCCUCAAAGAGCGCGCUAACCUCAACGCCAACAUCACCGCCGCCAUCAACGAAGCCGCCCAGGACUGGGGCGUCGUGUGCCUCCGCUACGAGAUCCGCGACAUCCACGCGCCCGGCCCCGUCGUCGAGGCCAUGCACCGCCAGGUGACCGCGGAGCGCAGCAAGCGCGCCGAGAUCCUCGACUCCGAGGGCCAGCGGCAGAGCGCGAUCAACAUCGCCGAGGGCCGGAAGCAGAGCGUGAUUCUCGCGUCGGAGGCCCUGCGGGCCGAGCAGAUCAACCGCGCGAGCGGUGAGGCGGAGGCGAUCCAGGUGCGGGCACGGGCGACGGCGGCGGGGAUCGAGGCGGUGUCCGGGGCGAUUCGGGACGGGGGGGAGGAUGCGGGGAAGGCGAUGGGGUUGAGCGUGGCGGAGAAGUAUGUGGAUGCGUGGGGGAAGCUGGCGAAGGAGGGGACGGCGGUAGUGGUGCCGGGCAAUGUGGGAGAUAUGGGCGGGAUGAUUGCGAGCGCUAUGGCCGUGUAUGGGAAGAUCAGCGACGGGCAGUCGAAGGGGGUGGCGGCGAGGUUGGUGGAGGGCGGCGAGAAGGAGACAGGGGCGGAACGGAGCGAGCAGAGACAGACGGAAGGUAACGCAGGUCAGAAGCGCGAAGUGGCACAGGAUGUGUUGGAUACGUUCGACGAGGCGACGCAGAACCGGUAGGAGGCGUACGGACGAUCGUGAUUCAUUCCGCUCUUCCUCGACUUCGCAUUCCAUCGGAACAGCAUUGGGCAUUGGUGUUGGUCGGCGUUGUGUUGUUCCACUCCUGUCUACACUGUACUGAUCAGGUCACUUGUACUACAUACCUUCUCAAACACUGGACUUGUCAAGACCACUUGUACAUUACCCAAACGCGGAGCAUAGCUACAAUUCGAAUCAACACUCUCAAGAGUCGGUUUCAUCUCGCCCGAUUGCACCGAGCGACCACCUCAUCAAGGGAACCA